GCUUAUUUGCAAAAGCGGACGGAAACGGGGGGUGUUCAGGAAAUAAUGGCAUAAGCCGUGCCUCUUAAACCUUGCACGGAGGGAGGAGGAGGACCAGGGCGGCGGAGGCGAUCCGGAGACACCUUGAUGGCGAGUGUGGACGGGCGUGAUCUCGUGUCGGAACUCCAAGCUCAGGUUCUCGCUCUCCGCCACCGGGUGGAGGAAUUGGAGAAGGAGAAUGAGCGCUUGUGUUCCCAGUUAUCAAGAUGCCGGUGCUCCAAGGAUGGAAAUAUACCAAGUGCAGGGUUAUUUGUGGAGAACAGCUCACCAACGAACUGUGAACCAAGAGAGAAACCAGGUUGCCAGGAGAGGAGUCAGCAACGUGCAGGGAGAUACGUUGCUUUGAAAAUCAUGUACUUUGGCCAGAGGUUUUAUGGUUUUGCCUCUGAGGCUCAGAUGGAUCCAACUAUUGAGUCUGAAAUUUUCAAAGCGCUAGAGAGGACAAAGCUUUUAAUUGGCACUAAAGAGGAUUCAAUAUACUCGAGAUGUGGCAGAACUGACAAGGGAGUUUCAUCUACUGGCCAAGUAAUUUCUUUAUAUUUAAGAUCAAACCUCAAGGACACUGGAGGGUAUACCAAGAACCACACCACCACCUUGGAAGUAAGAGGUGAAAUUGAUUAUGUAAGGGUGUUGAAUAAAGUUCUCCCGGGGGAUAUACGAGUGAUAGGCUGGUGUCCUGUUCCAACAGAUUUUCACUCAAGGUUCAGCUGUCUCAGCAGGGAAUAUAGAUACCUUUUCUGGAAAGGAAAUUUGGAUGUAUCGGCAAUGCAGCAAGCUGCUAUGAAGUUCAUUGGGGAAUAUGACUUCAGAAAUUUCUGUAAGAUGGAUGCAGCAAAUGUGAAUAACUAUAGGCGACGAAUCACAUUCUUUGAUAUCUCUUCUUUAGAUAGGAGGUCCAUUGAUGUUGAUGAACUAUGGGCAGUGACAAUCAAGGGUAGUGCAUUUUUGUGGCAUCAAGUCCGGUGCAUGGUUGCAGUGUUAUUUAUGGUUGGUCAUGGUUUUGAGUCACCUGACGUUAUUGAUGUACUACUGGAUACCAAGAAGACCCCUAGAAAACCUCAAUACAACAUGGCCCCAGAGCUUCCCUUGAUAUUGCGGUUUUGUGAAUUUGAAGAUCUUGAAUUUAUUUGUUCAUCAGAGGCCAGGCGAACUUUGCAUGAACACUUGAAGAAUGAAGUCCAAAGACACAUGCUUCAGGCAGCCAUCUUCAAUGAGGCCCUAAGCUGUUUAUCGACUGCUGGUGGGCAUGAAUUUUCAUUGUAUUCUGGCCAAAUUUUUACAUGCGCCUUCGGGAAGGAAGAAUCUGCAGGACAAAGUUCAGAAUUUUCGAGGAAGAAGAAAUGUCACAUUCCUCUGCUGCGCCGUGCAACCGAGCCCUCAUACGAUGAACGACGUGCCAAGUUGGACAUGAAAGCUAGUCGUAAGAGCUGAAUGAGGCAGUCUGUUGCGUUUCAGUGGAAAUGUGGCAGUGUUGACUUGAUCGCAUGGGGGAGCUUGCUUCAAGUUUUGGAAGAACCAGCCAAGCUUGUACAACGAGAAAGAUGUUUUAGCUGUAUCGAACAAUCUGAUUAGAACACUUAAGAAAUGGAACAUGAGAGCUUAUUCAUUGAGAAA